AUGCCUUAUAUCGUCGGGCUCAACAGUGGGUCCUCUUUCGACGGAAUCGAUGCUGUUCUGUGUAGCAUCGAUACUGCACCAGAUGGACACCCGAACCGUCCAAAGUAUAUCGAUGGCAUCUCGGAGCCGUGGCCAGAGGAGUUGCAGCCUGACGUUCUGCGGGCUUUCUCCAACGAGCUCCCGCUUUUUGACCUGUGCAGGCUCAACUAUGCUGCUGGUGCCGCAUAUGCCGAGAUAACGAACAAAUUGCUCGACAAGGUGGGCAUGAAGCCCGAAGACAUCGAUGUUGUCGGCUAUGACGGCCAAACAAUCUACCAAGAGCCUCCAGACAGAGAAAAAGAAAGACAAUAUAUCGCAAGCGGGAACCAAAGCCUAGUUGAUCGGUGGACAAAGGGUGGAUUUGCAUGCGGCCUAUUCAUCGUCGAGUCGGGUGUUGUCACAGCCCUGACGAACAUCACCACCGUCACACAAUUCCGGCCGAUUGACCAUGCACUAGGGGGCUCCGGGGCUCCGCUGAUGCAGUAUCUCGAUUUUUGCUCGUUCCGAAACGAAGGGCCCAUUGUUUCACUGAAUAUCGGGGGAAUUGCCAAUCUUCAGCUUGCUGACGCAGACCGGCAUAAGAUGAUGGCCUUCGACACCGGUCCGGGCAAUGUGAUGAUUGACCAUGUGAUGAAAGUUCGAGAAGACAAACCGUAUGAUGCUGGUGGUGCAUUGGCAGCCAGAGGUCAUGUCAUUCCCACGCUUCUGGAGCGGCUCGAGGGACAUCAAUUCUUCCUCCGAAAGCCACCCCGUUCGGCAUGGCGCCUGGACUUUGGGGGCCAGCAUGCGGAUAAAAUCCUGGACGAUUACAAGCAUGCAUCGACUGAGGAUCUGCUGUCGACUCUCACACUCUUCACGGCAAAGGCAAUUGAGCGAUCAGUGGUUGACUUUAUCCUUCCGAAAGCACCUGUAAAGACUGUCAUUGCUAGUGGAGGAGGCACUAAGAACGACACCCUCAUGAGGCAUCUGAAGGAGAGGCUAGUAUUGCAUGGAGUAGAACUUCGCACUAGCGACGAAUUUGGGCUUCCUGCUCCAUUCAAAGAGGCCAUCAAGUUUGCCACCUUGGCAUUUGCGUGCAAGCACCAGCUUGCAAACAAUAUCCCUGCCGCUGGCGGAGCAUCCUCCUUUGCGGUACUGGGCAAACUGAGUUUAGCACCCAGACUCGCAAAGCAGGGUGGUGCCAUCUCAGAAAGUAACGUCUCUCCAGAACCGGAGGUGGAUCAGAGCUGA